CAAGACAUGGCCGGACAAAAUGACAGUACUUGUCAGUCAGCCGCUGCGCCGAGGCGUGCGCCAAGGUGGUUGUCGGCCGCAAUGCCUCCCCACUUGAUCCAGUUUGCUAUAAGAGCUGCUCACAUGUGAGCAGCUCUUUCUUCAUUCCCACAUCCCGUCUCCCCGUCUCCCUCCCUUACCCCACCCAACCCUCACUCAAAAACAACAUCAUGCCCGCUCUCGAGUCGCGCUACGCCGCCAACGUCCAGGAGGACGCCCCCUCGGCCAUCAGCUUCAUCUUCCCCGAGGGCCGUGAGCCGGUCAAGGGUGAGACCCACAAGCAGCCUUGCGGUGGCUCGGUCAACGGCCCCCUGACCAAGUACCCCCUCAAGGGCGGCAAGCUCUCGUUCGGCCAGCACGAGGCUACCGACAACGUCAACUUCCUCUGGUCCAAGUACAUCGUCAACGACGGCGGUGACGACUACGAGUUCAAAACCUACGGCGAGUACACCGUCUCGGACCUCUCGUCGGGUCACUACUGCGCCAACGGCCCGGACUUUGCCGCCCAGGGCUUCAAGGCCGGUGACAAGGCCACCCUCAUGGUCGUCUUCCAGAAGGACGGCGCUCCCAUCAAGAACAAGGGCUUCACCAAGCGCUGGUGGUUCCAGUGCGCCGACGUCGAGCUCGUCGACAACUGGACCGAGCCCGAGGACUUCAUGUGCGGCAACUACUACUCGACCAACGAGACCCGUGUCCUCGACGCCGAGCGCUCGAUGGAGUUCACUGUCUCGCCCGACUCGCGCCCCAACGGUGCCCGUGACCUCGCCCGUGCCGACGCCCGCGGCACCCUCCCCGCCGACGACAUGCCCGCUGCCAAGGCCGGCGGCAUCGGUGCCGGUGUUACCGCCGGUGUCUUCCUCCUCGCCCUCGGCGCCCUUUGGGCCUUCGGCGCCCUCCGCUUCGGCCGCAAGAAGUCGGUUGCCAUCCGCGACGACGCUUCGUCGGCCUCGUCGGUCCCUGUUAAGCAGGUCCGCAACUAAGCAUUUCUCGCUUUUGGUAGCACAGUCGUAGCGUCGCACAACUGUGAGCUUGUAGAACGCGCAUGAACGUAGAAAGCCCAAAAACAUCUCAUAAUGGGAUAUGUUACUGUCAUUCAUUAGUCUCCA